GCGAUCGGGUCAGCGGAGAGCAGUUGCGGCUGCGCCAUUCCUAAGGUUCUAGGCGUGCAGGCUGGACCCGCGGAAACGCAAGCUGCCGCCUGGGGCAGAAGCAGGAAGGGGGAUUUUCGGCCGGCUGCCGCCGCAGCGGUCUCCGCAGCCGGCGGCCUCCUCUCCUGACCGCUCCAGAAAAGAAGCCCCUUCCCUGGGCCAGCUAGGUAAGAGAGAGACUGCUACUGAACUUGCUAAUAGGGAGGGACCACCGAACCUAAGGAGACCCGUGUCGGCCAGGGGCGUCUUAAAGAAGAGGAGACGGGUUUGUAGUUUUCCUAUAAAGGCCCGGGAGUGCGCGGCGACGGUGGGCUAAAAAGACGGCCAGGAACUAGCCUCCCGCGGAGAAGUCACAGAAGGACUUGGAGCGCAGGUCCGCACAGACGCGGGCUGGGUGAACUGCGAGCCUCGCAGGGCGUUGGUGGAGGAAACCGGGUCGCCGGCCCCACGGCCCUCGCCGACAUGCACAACGCGUCAUUCUCGGAGCUAGGGCCCGCCAACACGUCGUGCUUGGGCCCCGCGCUGGGCUGCCCCAACGCGUCGAGCCCGCCGCCGCUGCCGCCGCCGCUGGCGGUGGCGGUGCCCGUCGUUUACGCGGUGAUCUGCGCAGUGGGGCUGGCGGGCAACUCGGCCGUGCUGUACGUGCUGCUGCGGGCGCCCCGCAUGAAGACCGUCACCAACCUGUUUAUCCUCAACCUGGCCAUCGCCGACGAGCUCUUCACGCUUGUGCUGCCCAUCAACAUCGCUGACUUCUUGCUGCAGCAAUGGCCCUUCGGGGAGCUCAUGUGCAAGCUCAUCGUGGCCAUCGACCAGUACAACACCUUCUCCAGCCUCUACUUCCUCACGGUCAUGAGCGCCGACCGCUACCUGGUAGUGCUGGCCACGGCCGAGUCACGCCGGGUGGCUGGCCGCACGUAUAGCGCCGCACGCGCGGUGAGCCUGGCCGUGUGGGGGCUCGUGACGCUGGUCGUGCUGCCCUUUGCUGUCUUCGCCCGGCUCGACGACGAGCAGGGCCGGCGCCAGUGCGUGCUUGUUUUUCCGCAGCCGGAGGCCUUUUGGUGGCGGGCGAGCCGCCUCUACACGCUUGUGCUCGGCUUCGCCAUCCCGGUGUCCACCAUCUGCGUCCUCUACAGCAUCCUGCUGUGCCGGCUGCGCGCCAUACGGCUGGACAGCAACGCCAAGGCUCUGGACCGCGCUAAGAAGCGGGUCACUCUCUUGGUGGUGGCGAUCCUGGCCGUGUGCCUCCUCUGCUGGACGCCCUACCACCUGAGCACCGUGGUGGCGCUCACCACUGACCUCCCGCAGACGCCGCUUGUCAUCGCGCUCUCCUACUUCAUCACCAGCCUGAGCUACGCCAACAGCUGCCUCAACCCCUUUCUCUACGCCUUUCUGGACGACAGCUUCCGCAGGAGCCUCCGCCAGCUGCUGGCCUGCCGCGCUGCCGCCUGACAUCCCCCCGCCCCCCUCCGCGCGCCCUGCGCCCCAGUCUCGGCCGCUCCAGCCCCGGCCGGUGCAGAGGGUGCGGGCGCCCGCGGCGCUCUGGAGGCUUCCCUGAGCUGCAGUCUCCUGUCCCCAACCCCGAAAACUUGCUAAAGAUGCAGAUUCUUGGGCUCCGGUUCAGACAUAGGGAAUCGGACGCGCUAGGGCUGCGCCCUCAAUUUGAAUUUACCAAGCCCUCCAGAUGAUGCAGGAACACAUUAAGUAUAAGGACUGUUGAGUCUGAGAACCCAGGCGGAACUCUCCCUAAUGCCAAAGGGCACCGAGUUGACCCCCGAAUUUGACAGGGGAGGGCAGGAAGCGGGGAGGAGGGCGGCAGUGGUGCUGGGAACCCCCUGCCGGUUGCCCCCUCUCUCCACCCGCCCAGGGCGUUUGCGACCCAGGCUCUAGGUGGAGCCCUCGGCGCUAUCC